CGUGAACUCGUCCCGGAGCAUGACCAGUCGAGCGGUUAGCCGCUUUGCGGGACCCACGUGACAGUGAUCAACGCCAAGGUAGACUACGUCUUAUCGAUACAAAGGCGGGGUAUUAAUUUCAUUCUCUUGUUUCGCGAUGUCAACAUCCAGACUACGGACAUACCUCAUAGUUCAUCAGAUACAGGUGUAACUUUCACGGCCCCUACCGAGUACUCGGAACGGAACACCUCGUACGGCAAAUAUUACCAGCCCCGCCGACUCGGUCAAGCUGAUCUGAGACAGCGUUAAGAGCGACUGUCGACUCGUGACGUAAAGGGACAUCUCACCAACAUACAACUGAACAGACUUCAACACGGCAGAAUGGGGGUAAAGGGCGACGUCUUUGAUCUGACGCUCCACGGGAGCGAUCAAAAUCUGCCCGAGCCUGGCUCACAGCCUGCGCCAGCGAGCGCAAUAAUCUCUAAAAUCCGAGUUAACAGUACUAAGGAUUGCUUGGAGAGGUUCGAUAGGGUGUUCCACGAAACCGAGCAGCGGCAGUCUGUACAAGACAUUGUCUAUGAGGUUGUGCUGCCGCCCGUGAGUGCGAAGCGGCUCAAAAAGCUGCAGAGCAGCCGCGAGGCCGCCGCCAACAACGUUGCUUUCACGCAAGGCAUCUUCGACCUGUUCGAUCGGCUCAGAGCAUGGAAAGGGAAUGAAGUCUCUGUAACCCUCGAGGCAAGGUCUCUUUCGGACGACGCCGAGGUGCUCGACGAUAUUGAAAUCAACCAUGAUGGGCCGGAGAUCUGGAGAUUUCGGAACCUUUGGAAAUUUCUGAUGGUCGAUGAAGGCACGUUACCUUCAGGAGUGUUACCCGAGGUUGGAUAUAUUUCCAAGCUCGAUUUCAGGUGGCUAUCGGAGAACGGCAGGUCUCUGCACCCAAAGACUGCAGGAAUAAUCGCCGCUGCCUUGCCUCGAGCUCGAGAUAUGACCUGGGGGCUUUUGAUGCCUGGGCGUCGUUUAUUGAGCUUACGCAAGGAAUUCAGGUCCGCGCUGGCCCAGGUGUUGUUAAAGACUGCGUUUCCAGCUGUGGAAAUCCUGAAGAUCUAUUUAGAGGAUGGCAACCCAUACAACGAUAGCUUCGAGCUUGAAUCAUACUGCGAGAAAGAAGAAGAGGAUGAUCUGAGUCUAGCGGUCCGACGGCUUUUGCGUCUCCCCACUCUUGCCAACUUGGAACUAGGCGGAUGUUGGAUUCUUUCUCCUACUGCCUUUCUCGCCGCCGCCGAGAUUGGAGUAGAGAUUAUCAGUUCGACCCUGACCGACCUCCAUCUCGAUCUCUCAGUGGCCACACCCACGGGUGGAUGGAUCAACACUGGAGACAAUCCCAGAGAUGUGGAUGAUGAUACUGAGGACUCAGACUCAGAUGUGUCGCAUGCAUCUUUUAACUCGGCCCACUCCGAUCAUUCCGAUUUCGUGCCAGAGAAUGAGUGGCUGAGGGCAGACGGAGAGUUGCCGCAGAAUUGCUUCCGCGAUACACCCGACCCGUCAACCUUCGACCCCUUGGUCCUCUCGCUUGUUCGUAUGGUCCCAAAGCUGCCGAACCUGAAGAAGCUUUGCUUCGAUCUGGGUGCCGGCGGAGGCGCGAUUGGGCAGUUGACCGUAACGUUUUAUGCCCCCGGACAGCCCAGUCGCCGCUCUGUCAGGCGGCCCCACUCGCCUCUGCCUCCCCAAGAAGAUUUCGACGAGAAGAAUUUGCAGCGUGCAAGGUGGUAUGUUCUUGGGUUGGUCGACUUCAAUCGUGAUUGGAGGAUGAGUGACGAGCUAAGAGCCGCACUUCAAGGGGCUAAUACUGAUGGUGUUGAGAUAUUCAUGAGUCUCUGCAACCAGAGAAUUGAGGGUGCCUGAGCAAUCAAAUAAGCAAAUCUGUGGUGGGGAGUUGCAGACUGCACGUUGAUCUGACCUCGCAGUGGUAUACUCCUUGGAAAGGGAACCAGGAGCGGUUGUCACAUUUGUGAUUGGGUGGUGCUAGGAACACAAUCUAUAAUGUUAUUACACGCUGGCGCAUACAACCGGAGUAUAAUGAUGGACGCUACGAAAUUUCCAAUGUUUUGCUCUUGCCAUGGUUACUUGGAUCGCAUGGUAGAUAAGCUAUAGUGGAUGUCGAAGCAGGAUAGCAGUGGUAUCACCUCAAGUGGUGCUCAGCUUGUAUAGGUAGUACCUACAUAGUAAGUGUUUCCACCUGGUUGAGGAGAAUGGCAAGAAAUUGCAAAAAGGAAAAAAGAAAAAAACUAUACAACACCAGGGAUUCCUUAGUAGUCACCUACCUAAGUUCUAAAUCCGGCGCUUUAAAGAUAAGAC